UGUGAAUUCCGAAAACAGUUUCUCCACACUGAACAAUACAACUAUUAGCUAACAGGGACACUGCGUAGUCUACAAUUUAUUAUGGUGACAAACAAGUCUUACUUCGAAUAACACUAUUUUCAACAACACUUUAUUUACAAUCUCAAGGCAUUUUGAGAGUAUUGAACAUAAAUAUUUUUGGAUUAGGUACAUGUCUUAUCUUAUUGUAGAGGUAUAUCCCACAUUGAUGAUAAAGUUAUCAUUAUUUAUAAAAUUCUCGUGUACUGGUGAAAGUGUUGUGUUUGUUAAACAUAGUGUACAGUGGGUCAUCGCGUCAACAUGGAAGAUUUCUUAAAAUACGAGGCCGUGUAUUCUAAAGAACAAGAAGAAAAUAUCGCAAGUGAAUUUAAAAGAAUCAACAAUAUCUGUUAUCUGGAUCAUGCAGGAGCGGAGCUUUAUUCUGAAAAACAGUUGCAGCUGGUGUUCAAUGACGUAUGCAAUAAUAUCUAUGCCAACCCGCAUUCGCUGCACUUAUCAAGCAAAUUGACAGAGGAUAAUAUCGAUGUUAUUCGGUUUAGAAUUUUGCAGCACUUCAAUACAACCGAUGAAGAAUACACCUUAAUUUUUACAUCUGGAACAACCCAGUCAAUAAAAAUAGUCGCCGAAUCUUUCAAUUAUGGUCUAGACGAGAAAGGAUGGCUUACGUAUCUAGAAAAUAAUCACACCUCAGUUCUUGGUAUGAGAAGUUACGCCAAAAGUAUAAAAGAAAUAAAAACUGAAGACGCGUUUAGAAUAUUUGCACAAAAUACGACAAACGCUAAAGUAGAAUGUGCGGAAUUCAACAACCUUUUUGUUUACCCCGCUGAAUGCAACUUUUCUGGUACCAAAUAUCCUCUAGAAUGGAUAGAAAAAAUUCAAAAAGGAGCACUUAAUUCUUCAGUGGAUUCCACAAGUAAAAACUGGUACGUUUUGUUAGACGCUGCGUGUUUUUUAUCAACAUCUACACUUAACUUAUCCCAGUAUAAACCUGAUUUUGUUACUGUAUCAUUUUACAAGAUUUUUGGAUAUCCAACUGGAUUAGGAGGAUUGUUGGUAAGAAAAUCAAGUGAGAAACUUUUGCAUAAGAAAUAUUACGGUGGAGGUACUGUGGAGAUGGUACUUAGCGAACAAAAUGUAUCUGUUCCUCGAAAAAAAUUAAGUGAAAGGUUUGAAGACGGAACUCUGCCUUUUCUUUCAAUUCUUGCUCUAAAAUAUGGAUUCGAUACUAUCAAAAGAUUGAAUCUUUCCUUUGACUUGAUAUCAGAACAUACCUUUUCACUUGCACAAUAUGUUUAUAAAAGGUUGUUAACUUUACAUCAUUCAAAUGGCGCGCCAGUGGCUAUUUUAUAUCACGAUACGACUUUUGUUACAUCACAGCAUCAAGGACCGAUUGUGAAUUUCAAUCUACUUAGGUGUAAUGGCGAACAUGUCGGAUAUUCAGAGGUUUUACAUAUGGCUAAUUUGCAUGGAAUUCAUUUAAGAACCGGCUGCCAUUGUAAUCCCGGGGGUUGUCAGAGAUUUUUAAAAUUAGAAGCACCUGACGUCAUACGAAAUUUUAAGGCAGGUCAUGUUUGUGGAGAUCAGCGAGAUCUAAUCGAUGGUUACCCUACAGGAACAAUUAGAAUAUCAUUUGGUUACAUGUCCACCAAAAGAGAUGCUGACCAAUUUUUAAAACUCAUUAAAGAUUGUUUUGUAACACAACCAAUAGUACAAAAAAUACCGUACAGUUACAAGUACCUAAAGGAAACCUAUUUCAACCUAUUUUAUUCCAACGACUUUAAUGGUAAUGAGUCAGAAAUUCCUGUUAAAAUAUUACCGAAGACGAAAGAUAAGCAAAUUAAUCAAAUGGCACAUAAUACUGAAAGCGCUAAAGCUAUUUUGGAUCAAAUUUUACUGUAUCCAGUAAAAUCCUGUGGAGCGUUUGUAGUUAAAACAAAUUGGAUCGUCACAAAAAAAGGAUUUAAAUUUGACAGAGAAUGGAUGAUUGUCAACUCAUCGGAUGUGUGUCUCACGCAGAAACAAAAUAAGAAGUUGUGUUUGAUAAAACCUAGUAUAAAUCUGAAAAAGAAUACUUUAAAAUUAAACUAUAACGAUAAAUCGAGCAUCGACAUUGAUAUCGAUGAAGCGAAGAAUAAAGAACAAACAUAUUUAUGUCAAAGUAAAGUUUGUGGAGACCGUGUAGUGGGAUGGGACUGUGGAGAUGAAGUAUCUGACUGGCUGUCGGAAAACCUUGGAAUAUCUGGAUUAAGAUUGUUAAGACAAUAUGAACCAAAAGAAGAAGGAUCUCGUCAUCAACUCUCCUUUGCAAACCAGGCUCAAUAUUUGUUAACAAAUUCAAAAAGUGUAGAAUGGUUACGCUAUCAGGUUCCCGAAGGAGAACUAACUGAAGAUCUUGAAGCAACCAUUUUAAGAUUUAGGCCUAAUAUUGUGGUUAGCUUAAGCAAACCUUUUGAAGAAAAUGAAGUAGAGUGCAUUGUAAUAAACAAUGUACCUUUUAAGUUUGCAGGUAAAUGCACGAGAUGCCAAAUGAUCUGUAUUGACCAAUGUACUGGUAGUAUUUCGAAAGAGCCACUUCUUACCUUAUCCAAAACGUUUAAAGGAAAAAUUAAUUUUGGAAUUUAUCUGAAUAAAGAUAACGUCACUGAUGAUGAAAGCACUAUCAGCGUUGGAAGCGAAGUAUUUAUAAAGAAAGCAUAGAAUUAAUGUAUUUAUCAGAAUUAAUAUAUGUAAUUAAAUAUUUUAUUUGUUAAUAAAGUUGUUUAUGUAUAAAGUUUUAAAUAUAAUUUUG